AUGAGUCCAAUGUUGGAGUCUCCAAGUGGAGAGCAAGCGCGGCAGAAGUUCGCGGAGCGCACAUCCCUGGGCUCCGCCUUCUCUUCGGCCUCGAUCUUCGAGACAUAUCGGCCGACGCCGGAAUCGGAGAGGAAUUGCUGCGAGAUCUGCAAGCCAUUCGCGCUCUGGCUCAUCUCCAUCUUGGCAACUGCAGGUGCCACGGUGCCAUUGUACUCAGUCAGGGGCUUUAUCCUCACGGAGGGGUCCUUCGGCUACAACACCCAGGUGAGCGACCCUGCCACGUCGCAGCUCCGGCGCUGGCAGCGUGCCGCUCGCCUGGCGGAGCACGACGUGGGCUUGGGCGUGCCGGCAGGCGGGGUUGACAGCAUGGCCGACAACGUCACCUGGCGUCGGGUGGCGCUGGUUUAUCAGAUGCCCGGGACGGACGCAGUCUCCUCGAUCGGCUUGCAGCGAGCAAAGGUGGUGGAAGAUUCCAUCAGAUCGCUUCCAGGCUGGCAGAGGCUUUGUGGUGAGAUGCCACCAAGUUAUCAAGGCUUGUGCCGGGAAGGAGAUUCGAUGGUCUCUGCUUCCCAUGCCACAAGUCGGCAGGUCAGCGCCUCGCUGGCGGCCAUGGGGGUCUCGGCAGAGCUGGGCCUGGACGGGAACGGCACCGAGGUGCUGAUUGGCACAGAAACGCUGUCCCGGAUCAUGGAGGAGGAGGCCCCUGGCACCUUGGACCGGUGGCUGCCGAAGGAUGAGUCUGGGGCCCACAGCUUCUUCGCUUUUCGCUCCAACUUUGUUUUCGCGCUUCGCUUGGACACGGCAGCCGCCAGCUGGGCAGAGCUCAUCCUCGAAGAGGUCGAGCCAAGGCUGGUGGAACUGGGCAUGAUGAGUGCGGCGAGGGAGGAGCAGAACGACUUCCGAGUCUACCUGCAGGCCGACAACCUGCCCCAGCUCCAAGCCAACGAGCUGCGGCGGAGCAUGAACGAGGACCUACCCCUUCUCGUCUUUGGCCCAGUGAGCGCCUUCGUGGCCACUUUGCUCCGCGGCCGACUUCUGGUGGCGCUCACUGCAGCGGUGCUGGCCUUUGCUGUGCCCGUGAUUGCUUCGAUGGGGCUUUUGGGAGGCAGCGACGAGCUGCUUGGGGGCGUGGAGGCCGCCUGGGGGUGUGAGGGUUCGCACUUGGGUCUGCUUGAGUCGGAGGGUCAGUGGAGCAAAACUGGAGGUGGCUUCAACAUGUACACAUGUGAGCUCUCAUGCUGA